CCAGUGCUGGUAACAUAUGGAUGUUUUGAACGUAGUGAUUGCAUCUGUGUUGUGGUUUUAUUUCUGCACUGCCAGCAAUGUGACCACUAUCCACCUCCAGAGAUAUCACAGACAUAAUGGUUCGCUGGCUGACCUGGGUCACCACCUGAGGACGGUCCGCAGUGCCAAGGGUGGCGUCGACGUCAAGCUCAAAGACUUCCAGGACAUGUACUAUUUCGCACCCAUCAAGAUCGGCAGCCCAGGACAGAGUGUCGUCGUGGAGUUUGACACGGGAUCUGCAGACCUGUGGGUGCCCUCCAGUAGCAUCUGCAAGAAAAAGGACAGCUACUGCCAGAAGCACAACACCUACUCCCACAAGGACAGCAGUAGCUACGAGAAGGAUGGGGCCAAGUUCAGCAUCACAUACGGGGCUGGUUCCGUGUCUGGCCACAAGUCGAAGGAUAAAGUAUCGGUAGGAUCGUUGCAUUUAAGUAAUCAGAUUUUCGGAGAGGCGACAUCCAUCAAUGACGUCACAGCGUCUCACAAGUAUGACGGUAUGUUUGGCCUUGCCUAUCCCUCCGUAUCUCUGCUAGGCGUGGACCCGCCCUUUGUCAACAUGUACAAGCAGGGAGUCGUCGAUAAACAUGUGUUUGCGAUGCAUUUAGGCAAGCAGGGUUCUGAGUGGUCUUCUAGUGGCAAGGCGGAGUUGGUCCUUGGAGGGGUCGACUCCGCUCACUAUAAGGGGCACUUUACCUUUCCAUCGGUUACCAAGAGAGAACAUUUGACGUGUGUUUCAGGCAGGGUUCUGAGUGGUCUUCUAGUGGCAAGGCGGAGUUGGCAGGGUUCUGAGUGGUCUUCUAGUGGCAAGGCGGAGUUGGUCCUUGGAGGGGUCGACUCAGCUCACUACAAGGGGCACUUUACCUUCGCAUCGGUCACCAAGAGAGAACAUUUGACGCAGGGUUCUGAGUGGUCUUCUAGUGGCAAGGCGGAGUUGGUCCUUGGAGGGGUUGACUCUGCUCACUACAAGGGGCACUUUACCUUUCCAUCGGUUACCAAGAGAGAACAUUUGACGCAGGGUUCUGAGUGGUCUUCUAGUGGCAAGGCGGAGUUGGUCCUUGGAGGGGUUGACUCUGCUCACUACAAGGGGCACUUUACCUUUCCAUCGGUUACCAAGAGAGAACAUUUGACGUGUGUUUCAGGCAGGGUUCUGAGUGGUCUUCUAGUGGCAAGGCGGAGUUGGUCCUUGAAGGGGUUGACUCCGCUCACUACAAGGGCACUUUACCUUUCCAUCGGUUACCAAGAGAGAACAUUUGACGUGUGUUUCAGGCAGGGUUCUGAGUGGUCUUCUAGUGGCAAGGCGGAGCAGGGUUCUGAGUGGUCUUCUAGUGGCAAGGCGGAGUUGGUCCUUGGAGGGGUUGACUCAGCUCACUACAAGGGGGACUUUACCUUCGCAUCGGUCACCAAGAGAGAGCACUGGACGAUCAGGAUUGACUGCGUAAAGCUUGGAUCAAAACAAGUUCACUCCUCCUACAAGGCAAUGGUAGACUCCGGCACUACUUUCUUGUACGGGCCCAACAAAGCCAUAGACACCAUCAAUAAAGCACUCAACGGGACCUAUGACGACAUCUACUUAUAUGUCGAUUGCUCCAACAUUAGCAAGUAUCCUGACGUAACUUAUGUGAUAAGUGGAAAAUCUUUUGUACUGCACCCUUCCGACUACAUUGUCAAGGUAAAGGACAAGCACAAGUGCAUCAGUGGUUUCAUAGGGUUCUACGACCUCUCGUUCUUCGUACUGGGUGACGUCUUCAUGAGGAAGUUUUACACCCAGUUUGACAUGGGCAACAAUCGUGUGGGCUUCGCUACUGCCAAGUGAACUAACGGAAUUAUUGUCUA